CCAUCAUUUUUCUUUUCCUUCAUCUUUUACUUCGUCAUCAAAUCCUUGGGAAACCUCUCCGAUCUCUCUCUAGAGGAAGAUCAGUCUCCUUCUGGUUCCCCACAUUCUCUCUCUAAGUCCUCCGAUUUUAGAGGGAACUGGAAGAGGAACGAUCUCUCUCUCUCUCUCUGAUUUUGAAUUUUCCGUCGUUCGGAAAAUGUCUCAGCCCAGCGGAAAUAGGUACGCCGUUCUCCUGUGCGCGGAGGAUUCCGAGUACGUAAAGAAGAAAUACGGAGGCUAUUUCGGCGUUUUUGUGAAGUACCUUUCGGAGGAAGGCGAUUCGUGGGACGUGUAUCAUGUGGCAACCGGAGAGCUGCCCACCGAGGAAGAGAUCAAGAUGUACGAUGGAUUCGUCAUCACCGGGAGCUGUAACGACGCUCAUGGGGACGAUCCAUGGAUCUGCAGGCUCAUGGAGUUCUUGCAGAGAUUGGAUUCCUUGAAGAAGAAGGUUCUCGGGAUUUGUUUCGGCCACCAGGUGCUGUGCCGUGCGCUAGGAGGAAAGGUGGGGAGGGCGAAACUCGGUUGGGACAUUGGAGUCACCAACAUAAACUUGUCCCCGUCAAGCACGAAACUCUUUUCUUCCCUCCAAAUCCCGACCGUGCUUUCCGUGAUCGAGUGCCACCGCGACGAGGUCUUGGAGGCACCACCAGAAGCCGAGAUACUGGCGUGGUCAGGUCAAACGGGGAUCGAGAUCUGCAAGUACCGUGAGCACAUGAUGGGGAUUCAGGGUCAUCCCGAGUACACCAAGGACAUCCUUCUUAGCAUAAUCGAGCGUCUUCUUCAGCGCAAUUUCAUCGUUGAAUCGUACGCAGACGAAGUGAGGGCGAACGUGGAGAAACUGGAGCCGGACCGAGAGGAAUGGAAGAAGCUCUGCACCAACUUUCUCAAGGGAAAGUUAUGGUGAAGACAUAAAAACAUAGACUUUAAGGAGGAGGGAGAAAGAAAAAGGCUAAGACUAGAGCAAAUGUGGAGUAAAUCUCACUCAAGGCUGAUAGGUAAAUUAGAUUUUACCUUUCGAGUUUGGGGAUAUUUCCUUUUUAAGUUAUAUUAUAUUAUGCGUUUUUUCAUUGUACUCAUUGAAACGUCUCUCAUAUUAUAUUAGAAUAUUAAAAAAAAAACUAUCCCUCUGUGAUUUUUGACAGUUUUAUUUUUCAUAGUAACGAGAAAUUUUGUGUGGAA